GGUUCGCUGGCUGCCUCUCGCUCGGGGAUGUGUGCAAGUGUGGAUGUGGGGUCAGUGUAUGUUUACGUUGGAAGGCUCACAACAAAGGAGAGCCUGUCAUUCAAACCCGAGCCUCCACUCACAGUCACUGGAUAUUCUCCUCCUCGGCGGACGCACUCCUCAAUUAACCCUCCUUGAAGCUUCAUUUGGACAAUUUUCACCUUUAUUCAUGAUACAACAUUUGUACCUCCCGUCUUCAUCAUCUUCUUCUUCACGUGCCGGGUGAGCUAACCUGCUAAGUUGGCAUCGGCGGCGGCGGCUGUGGUGAUUGGUGGUGGAGAAGUCCAGACCGGCGACGGUGGAGCUCGGCCCGGCGGCAGUCAGUUAGAGACGCUGGAAAUAAAGACGUCAUUGAACCCACGGGGAGGACUGAGGACGCCCGAGGCAUGAGAGGCUGGAGCUGAGGCACACUUGACCCCUUCCCCUUCCUCCUCCUCUUCCUCAUUUCCCACCCCUGUGUUCCACUUAGUUCAGCACCACCCUCGACUCCCUGUCCCACUUCCUCUGUGCUCCUAUCUGCCUGCCCCCCCAACACUCACCACCACCACCACCCCUUGCAGCCCACCCUGAUGUCCAUCCAUCAGCCAAGCCCGAUGUACUCCCCCGAGCAGGAGAACAUCUGCACCACUUCCAUCAAAGUGCCAGUCAAGUAUGGAGAGCUCAUUGUGCUCGGGUACAAUGGCUCUUUACCCAACGGCGAUCGAGGCCGACGCAAAAGCCGCUUUGCGCUGUGCAAACGGCCAAAGGCCAACGGAGUCAAACCCAGCACGGUUCACGUCGCCUGCUCUCCGCAGGCUGCCAAGGCCAUCAGCAACAAAGACCAGCACAGCAUCUCGUACACGCUGUCCAGAGCCCAGACGGUGGUGGUGGAGUACACACACGACAGCAAUGUAGACAUGUUUCAGGUGGGUCGUUCCACAGAGAGCCCGAUCGACUUUGUGGUGACGGACACGGUGGCGGGCACCCAGAGCAACGGCGACUCCACGCAAACUGUCCAGAGCACCAUCUCCCGCUUUGCCUGCCGCAUCAUGUGCCAGCGCGCGCCGCCUUACACCGCCCGCAUCUACGCAGCCGGCUUCGACUCGUCCAAGAACAUCUUCCUCGGGGAGAAAGCUGCUAAGUGGAAGACGUCCGACGGGCAGAUGGAUGGCUUGACCACCAACGGCGUACUGGUGAUGCACCCUCGCCACGGCUUCAGCCAGGACUCCAGGCCCGGCGUGUGGCGGGAGAUCUCCGUGUGCGGCAACGUUUUCACGCUGCGAGAGACACGCUCGGCGCAGCAGCGGGGAAAGAUGGUGGAGGCCGAGUCUCAAGAGCUGGUGGACGGCUCCCUGAUCGACCUGUGCGGCGCCACGCUGCUGUGGCGCACGGCCGAGGGCCUGUCGCGCACGCCCACCCUCAAGCAACUGGAAGCCCUGCGGCAGGAGAUUAACGCGGCACGCCCCCAGUGCCCCGUGGGCUUCAACACGCUGGCCUUCCCCUCCAUGCGGCGCAAGGACACACCGGACGAGAAGCAGCCGUGGGUCUACCUGCGCUGCGGCCACGUGCACGGCUACCACGACUGGGGCAACCGGCACGAGGAGCGGGACGGGCGCCAGCGCGAGUGCCCCAUGUGCCGCGCCAAGGGGCCCUACGUGCCCCUGUGGCUGGGCUGCGAGGCCGGUUUCUACGUGGACGCCGCGCCGCCCACACACGCCUUCGGCCCCUGCGGCCACGUCUGCUCGGAGAAAACGGCCGCCUUCUGGAGUCAGAUCCCGCUGCCCCACGGCACGCACACCUUCCACGCCGCGUGCCCCUUCUGCGCCCACCAGCUGAGCGGCGAGCGCGGCUUCGUCAGACUCAUCUUUCAAGGACCUCUGGACUAGAGGACGCCUGGUUUGGACGACUUUGUUUUUUGUUUUUUUGUCGUUGUCGUCUCGCUCUCAUUUUUAAGGGACCUUUUUGAGUAUUCCUUUUUCAAGACAAAUAUUUCUACAUUUUCCACUGAGACAAAACUGCUGGAGAGACUUUGUGAUCGUGACAACGACGACAGUAUUUAUCCCAAAGCAAAAGCUAUGGUGCGGCUUAUUGUUCUCGUAUUUCAGGGUGUCCCCCAAAAAAUGUGCACUCUCUAAAUGGCCACUCCCCAAAAUUUCAGAAUUUGCCUAAAAUGCACUCGAACAUUUAAAGGUGAACUUAAUAUGACCUUGUCUAAUCGAUUAUAAAAAAAAAAAAACAUUAAUUUGGUAAUCCACAAACACAUUCUGUGACUCUAAUGCUCAUAUUUUAUGCUUUUGUGACACCUCAAACCAUAAAACAACAGAAGCAAGACUGAAAUGGCUUUUCAGAGGAAAAAAAUAAUUUACAGCGAAACAACUAAGAAACACAUUGUGAGUGACGAUGACUGACCGCAAUUAGUGGCUUUUUUCCAAUGGCGUUCACCAUUCACGUCAUCUUUCCUCACGGUCCGUGGCACACUUUUCUAAAGCCUAGUGCGCUCUGUUUCUUCCAUACAUACACACAGUUUAAGUGUGAGACGCUUAAAAUCGAAAAGCAUCCAAAGCGAUGCAAUCGCGCCAUCUGUAGGCAUCUGUUGUGCAUUACAAACCUGAAUUUUCUGAACUCGCGUCAUCUUGUGUUGUUU